AGGCUGUGGCAAGUGUGUGAGUCAGUGGCACCAGGUCAGUGGAGGGAGACAACUGAUUAGAGCGGGAGAAAUAACAGUGCCACCGCCCGGAGGGUAACCAUUCAAACCCCCCUCAUUUCUUCCAAACAAAAGCACUCGAAAUUCACAGCGAGGUAACAUCUCAACGAUGGCCGACAACGAACGCCUUCUGGCGAGAGAGCGGCUACAGAUCGAGCAGAUUCGAGCACUCGAUCUCGAGGAGCUGGAGGUCGAGGAGGUCGAUGACGACUACAACGACGACUCUUCCGCCGACGACGCCGCCGCCACUGGUCGCGGCAUGGCUGAUGAAUAUACCUUCAAUACUUGUUUGGCUUCAUUGCAUACAUAUCUUGGCGAGGUUGAAGACACUCAUCAUAGGAUGGCGUUCUUGGAUGGCGGUGCGGUAUUGAACCUCCCAAUCUUCUAUCUCGAAGGAGUUGUCCUGUUCCCAGACGCUACCCUUCCACUAAGAGUUAUUCAACCCAAUUUUGUAGUCGCUAUUGAGAGAGCACUAUCCCAAGUUGACGCUCCUUAUACCAUUGGUGUGAUUCGUGUUUACAGAGAUCCCAACAAUAGAAGCAUAAAGUUUGCAAAUAUUGGGACAACUGCGGAGAUUCGCCAAUAUAGGAGAUUAGAGGAUGGCUCACUGAACGUGGUAACCCGUGGUCAACAGCGAUUUCGUCUUAGACGCCGUUGGAUUGAUGUGGAAGGAGCGCCAUACGGGGAAAUCCAAAUUAUAGAAGAAGAUGUACCAUUGAGGGCUCCACGGGCUGCAUUUGGAGAUCUGGCACCAUUUAGUAAUCGAAAAGGCCAUAGUUUCCCGCGUGCAAUGCCUUCGCACGCUUCUCGUGGAAAUUCAAAUGGUUCUAUGGAUGUGGACAAUGACUCAGAGGCAAAUUCAGAUGAAAGCUUUGAGAGUGCACUUUCUUUGACAGAAAAGGGAAUUCACCAAUCUGCAAUUGAAUCCUAUUAUGGAUCUGAUGUGUCAACAAGCAGUGAUGGUGAGAAGUCAGAAUUCUUAUCUCAAGGAUCACAAUCGAAAGACUCUGAUUCCACAGAUUCAUUGCAUUCGUGCCCUGAGAGUUUGGUUGAUUUGGGGAGCAGUUCCAUAUCGGAGAUGCAAUCAUCCAAACAGAAAGAUCCAAGUAGUUGGAGAAAUACAGACUAUAAACAGAUACGUAGAGUUCCAAGAGCAUUCUGGCCCUAUUGGGUAUAUCGCAUGUAUGACUCCUAUUGUCUUGCUCAAGGAGUGGCAGAUAUGUGGAAACAGAUAGUUGGGGCACCAUUAAUGGAUGGUCUGGUGAAGAAGCCUGAUCUUUUGUCAUUUUACAUCGCUAGUAAACUUCCUGUUUCUGAAUCUACAAGGCAGGAGCUUUUGGAGAUUGAUGGUAUUUCAUAUAGGUUACGUCGGGAAAUUGAGUUGCUUCAGACUGUUAAUCUUCUCCGGUGUAAAACUUGUCAGACUGUUUUUGCAAGGCGGAGUGAUAUGCUAGUGAUGUCAAGUGAUGGUCCUCUUGGUGCUUAUGUAAACCCCUAUGGUUGUGUGCACGAGAUAAUGACUCUCUACAAAGCAACUGGCUUGGCACUCGUAGGUUCAGCAGUGAAAGAAUACAGCUGGUUUCCUGGGUAUGCAUGGACAGUAACAAACUGUGCCACCUGUGAAACUCAAAUGGGUUGGCUCUUCACAGCCACAAAAAAGAAUUUGAAGCCUAAAUUGUUUUGGGGGAUUCGGAGUUCCCAAGUUUCUGAUGACUUGCACUAAAUUUGAGUCACUUCCCUGAAUUUUACUGUUAUGUAAUGCGCUAUAUUUGUAUAUAGCUACUUGUAUCUAUCUGCAAAUUGACACUGCACGUACCAAUCUUGUUUGAAAUCAGUAAAUUUUACCUACCCAUAAUUCAUAUACAGAAAAGGUAGUUCUGUUAGAUGGUUCAUAGUUCCUUCUGGCUUGAGAGCCUUUGUAAACUAGUAGCUGUAAAACAUCAGCAUGUUCGAAAUACCACGUGACAUUGGUAUUAUGCUAUUA